AUGAACUUUAUGAUAUUGGAUUUUGCAACCGAAUAUUUGAGCCGCGAAAAACUGGUAGACAGGAAACAAAGCGUGGAAAGGAUGGCUGAUAGCAUUAAUGCACCGUCUUUAAUAGACAUUUUUAAAAAUUUUGAAAAUUCCCUGCCACCAGAAGUUGAGGAAGGGAAUAUUGAAUAUAAGGUAAAACUUGUCAAUCCGUCUUUAAGUCGAAUGCAGCAUCUGAUAACACAAAUGAAAUGGCGUCUACGAGAAGGUCAGGGUGAGGCAAUCUAUGAAAUCGGUGUGCAAGACGAUGGUACGAUAAAAGGUCUAACCGAUAAAGAACUGGAUGCAUCAGUGAGAACACUCAAAUCUAUGGCUGCUGCUUUGAAUGCAAGUGUUGUGGUGCUACGUGAACGUGAUGUCACACCGAAAAGCGUUACAUCCUGUCGUCGACGAGUCGUUGAAUUGCUGAUACGGAAAAUCCCCGAUAAUCAGCAGUUCAUUGGACUCAGGAUAGCUAUUCUGGGCAGUGCAAAUGCUGGGAAGUCAACAUUGUGUGGUGUACUAACUCAAGGUCAUCUUGAUAAUGGCCAUGGGAAGGCUCGAUUGAAUCUAUUUCGUUAUUUGCACGAAUUCCAAACUGGUAGAACCAGCUCAAUUUGUUUGGAUAUGAUUGGUUUUGACUCACAAGGAGAGUUGAUCAAUUAUUCGGAACAUUCACUGGAAGAAAUUGCAGAGCAGUCAACAAAGUUAAUAACAUUAAUUGAUUUGGCUGGCGAUCGCAAAUAUCUCAAAACAACCAUAUAUGGGCUUACAGGAUAUCUGCCACAUUUCGCGGCAUUAGUUGUUAGUGCUGUAACGGGUCCAACGUCAAUUACGCGUGAACAUCUGGGUCUUUCUGUUGCUCUUAAUAUACCAGUUUUCGUUAUUGUCACUAAAGUUGAUGCUGUAACUACGACUGCACGUGAAAAAGUUCUUCAAAGCAUAAAUAUGCUAUUGAAGCGACCAGGUAUGGAAUGCAUUCCAAAACGGAUCGAAAGUUCUGACGCAGCUAUUUUGCACUGCGCCACUGCAGUGUUAAGCAAAAAUGUGGUACCAGUUUUCCUUAUAUCAAAUGUAUCGGGUCUUAACCUCCAUCUUCUAAAAAAGUUCUUGAAUGUAUUGCCUUCCAGUAGCUUUUCGAAAUUAAAACAAGACGAAAUAUCGUUAAGUGCUUUACUCUUUUCAAUAGAGGAAGUUUACCGUGUUCCACAGGUGAAUGUUGUUGUAUGCGGCGUUUUAACGGAAGGGAUAUUAAGAGAAAAAGACGCAAUACAAAUCGGUCCGUUCAAGGAUGGUAAUUAUCAUAUUGGGAAAAUUGAAAGUAUACGGCGAAACAAGCAACCGGUACGUUUCGUACGAUCUGGUGAGGCUGCUUCUAUGGCCUUAGCUCUUGACGAAAUUUGUAUUCCAAAUAUACGAAGGGGUAUGGUUUUGUUAAAUGCUAAAGAUGAAGGGAUAGCUUGCCGACGUUUCACGGCUCGUCUUUAUUUGUUGUAUCAUCCUGCAACUGAAAUAUGUGUGGGCUUUCAAGGAACAGUUUAUAUUGGUUCAGUGUGUCAAACGGCUACAAUAACGAAACUGGAUGCCCCAUCGAUAGUGCCUUGUCAAUGGGUUACUGCUCAGUUCGAAUUCUAUAGCUGCCCUGAAUAUGUGCGCGUUGGAACACCUCUUAUUUUUCGUGAAAGUAAAACAAAAGGAAUGGGUGAAGUCGUCCAUAUAUUUGGCUUCGAUUUCGCAGACUAG